UGGGGAGGAGGGCGGAACGCGGAGCUGGGAGCACUGGCAGGGCGAACAUGGGCAACAGGGUCACCCGCGGGGACUUCGAGUGGGUUUACACGGAGCAGCCCCACACGCAGCGGCGGUGGGAGAUCCUAGCCAAAUAUCCAACAAUUAAAUCUCUAAUGGGACCAGAUCCCCACUUAAAAUGGAUUGUAUCUGGAAUGGUGUUGACACAGCUUCUAGCCUGCUACUUGGUGAAAGAUUUAUCUUGGAAAUGGAUUUUCUUUUGGGCUUAUGCUUUUGGGGGCUGCAUCAAUCACUCAAUGGCGCUAGCAAUCCAUGAUAUUUCACACAAUGUUGCCUUUGGUAACAAGCAGGCUAAGUGGAAUAGAUGGUUUGCAGUGUUUGCCAACUUGCCAAUUGGACUUCCUUACUCCGCCUCCUUCAAGAAAUACCACAUUGACCAUCAUCGAUACCUUGGUGGAGACGCUUUGGAUGUGGAUGUUCCAACUGACUUCGAAGGCUGGUUCUUUUGCACUCCAUUUCGGAAAUUUAUUUGGCUCAUCCUCCAACCACUCUUCUAUGGCCUGAGACCUCUUUAUGUGAACCCCAAAACAGUUACUCAGAUGGAAAUAUUUAAUGCCCUGGUACAAUUCUUUAUUGAUUUUAUAAUCUACUACCUAUGGGGCCUGAAGCCUGUCGUUUAUUUAAUAUCAGGCACGUUACUUUGCAUGGGUUUGCAUCCUAUUGCCGGGCACUUCAUAGCAGAACAUUACAUGUUCUUAAAAGGCUAUGAAACCUAUUCUUAUUAUGGACCUCUCAACUGGAUCACCUUUAAUGCAGGCUACCACAUGGAGCACCAUGAUUUCCCUAGCAUUCCUGGAUGCAAGCUGCCAAUGGUGAAGAAGAUAGCAGCAGAAUAUUAUGACAACCUUCCUCAGCACCAAUCUUGGGUUCGAGUUCUUUGGGAUUUUGUUUUUGAUGACACCAUUGGUCCUUACUCACGGAUUAAGAGAAUAUGCAAACUAGCAACAGAAAACCAAUAGAUUUGCUUUAGUGUCUUCAUUAAUAAUGUUUUAAAAAAAUCCAAAAUUUGUGAACUUGAGUUUUCAGAGCUAAAAAUGAUCUGAAGUAAUAUUUCUAUGCACUUACCUUUUCUGUAGUACUAAAGGUGAUAAAAUAUUGAAGCAAACGACAGGCACUGUCUUUUAGAAUACUGUAACUUUUAUUAAAAGGAUUUUUGCUUAUGUAACAUUGCUCUUUGGCAGGAUAUCACACAUGUAUGUUUAUAGCAGAGGCUACAUAGAUUCACCAUCCUUUGUACCU